AUGCUGUAAACGAUUGAAAGAAAUCUAAAAAAUUUUAUGGUGAGCAACAACGAUUUUAUGACUUAAUUAGGGCGAAACCUCUUUGAUUCUUACAGUCUCAUACAUUUUCAGUGCAUUCGGGAAGCUAUAAAGACCGCCCCCUCCUGCACCACGCGGAUACAUUCAGCAUCCUCCGGUGCAACAUCUCACUGAGCUUUCGUCAGACCUUGAGUCGGGUUCAUUUUGACCGGGGAGAUUUUUCUUCCUAAAAUGGCUUUGAGAGGAGCGCUUUCCCGUCUUUUCAGAACUCAUCUCAACCACACUUGCCAGCAAAGCAGAGCUCAAUCGGUGGCCGUGCUUGGCGCUCCGUUUUCGAAGGGACAGAAAAGAAGAGGUGUGGAGCAUGGCCCUAAAGUCAUCAGAGAUGCGGGGCUUAUCGAGAGGCUUUCAAAUUUAGACUAUUCUGUGCAUGACUUUGGCGAUCUCAACUUCCACCACCUGGAGAGGGAUGAACCCUACAUGGAUGUAUUUCCCUCGCACUGUGGGUGCAGCAAUAAGAGGCUGUCUGGUGCAGUGAGCAGUGCUGUCAGUGCUGGGCACACUCUCAUUAUGCUGGGAGGUGAUCACAGGUAACCUUGCUAUGGAUCAGUGAGCGGCCAUGCCCAGCAGUGUCCUGACCUGUGCCUUAUCUGGGUUGAUGCUCAUGCAGAUAUCAAUACACCCACACUUCUCCAUCAGAACCUCCAUGGCCUACCUGUGGCAUUCAUGCUGAAAGAGCUGCAAGACAAGAUGCCAGAUAUCCCUGGGUUCUCCUGGACCAAGCCAUUUCUCAACUCAAGGGACCUGGUGUACAUCGGACUGCGGGAUGUAGACCCUGGGGAGUACCAAAUCCUUAAGACUGGUAUCCAGUAUUUCACCAUGAGAGAUAUUGACAGACUAGGCACAAGGGUCAUGGAAGUCACUCUUGACCACGUUCUGGCAAGAAAACAGCGACCGAUACACUUAAGCUUUGACAUCGACGCAUUCGACCCAUCUCUGGCCCCCGCCACAGGAACCCCAGUGAAUGGAGGUCUGACCUACAGAGAGGGCAUCUACAUUGCAGAGGAAAUUCAUAACACAGGUCUGUUGUCAGUCAUGGACCUGGUAGAAGUUAACCCUGUCCUGGGGGCCAGCCCUGAAGCUGUGGAGGCCACCGCUUCUUUAGCGGUUGACGUCAUUGCAUCGUCACUGGGGCAGACGAGAGAAGGUGCUCACGCAUCCAUGGAUGAAAUUCCCGCUGUGAAAAAGGACACAGAGCUGCUCCGCCUCUGAGAGCAUAAGGAAAGCUAUGGACUUUACCACUGUCAUCCCUGACCAUUCCACAGUUUUAAAUAUAAGACUACAAAGACUAUAUCUAUUAGAAGGAGACCUUGGUGAUCUUUUUGCUGCGUGGUGUUAUGUUUCAUUUUGACAGCUAAAUUAUGUCUGGAUUCAUGAAAACUAUAAAGUUUUAAAUCAUGUUAAUAAUGCGGAGAAAAGCAUUUGACACAAUUUACACACCAUUAUACUUAUUCGGGAUACAGCAAUAUAAACUUAUUUUACUAUUAUAUAUAAUAACUUAACUCAGGGGUGUACCCUGCCGCUGCCCUGACAGCUGGGAUGGCCUCCUUUCUUGCAAACCUGCAAUAAGUAGUUACAAAAUGAUGGAUGGCUGUUUAAAUGAAAUGUAUGGGACACAGCUGCCCACAUAUUUAUCAUGUUUGGUUUAUGACAGAACUCUUGCACUUGCACUUGCAUCAGAGGCUGUGCCACUAGUUAAGACCAGAAAUAUGCUAUCACUUUUGUGAUAGCUGUAGUUACUGUAUUUUCUUUAGACUUUACUUUUGUAUUUUUACUGUGAACCUAUCAGUACAUGGACUAUAGUGAUUUGGACUAUUUCAGUAUCCCUGGAAAAGUAAUUAUUUAAUCAUUAUGUUUGAACUGAUAUAUGGCUUGUUAUCUAUGUUUAUCUUAAUAUGGUCACUGAAUGAUUAUUGUCCUUGUAACAAAGAACUUCUAUUUUGGUCUUGAUUAAAUUUUUUGUUUGUUCGUA